AUGUAUCACAAGCUUUCCCUUAAACGCAAAAGGGAAGAAAAGACGGAGGUGAAUCCAAAUCGUGGGGUUUGGAAUCGAUUGAGCGCCCUGUUUAUGUGUGGGGUGCCUUACGAUCGCAAUCCACCGCGCCGGUCGAAUAUUCUCACCGUCGCGAUGCCGGGAAACACCUCCAGCCGCUCUCAAAUCGCCCGCUAUACCGCCCCCGAAGAUGGUGUUACCAUCUUAGAAAAGGAAUUUCACAACCCCACCCCACACGCGAAUCGAUAUCGAAACCGACAUCAUCAGACCUCCCCGUUCCGAAUCCUUCGCAACGCACUGCGCGCGCUUUGGAAAGAUCCAGCCUCCGUCGAAGACGAAAACAUGAACAAAGAGGCAAACGAAGACAAGGUGGAUGAUUUAUUAGAUGAAAGUGAUGAGGAUGCGAUUCCGAUUUCAAAUCCCCCGGUGUGUUAUCACGCCACCUCGCGUGUGGGGGUGCGUCUGCUGCAUAACGUCCUCCCCUCGCCGGAGGUGGCGGAGGUGAUGCAUUGUCGUCCGUUCUCCUCUACGUCAGAGACAUCUGUGUGGUCGCGUUGGGGGCCUCUGUGGAAUCCUUUUUAUUGGAUAUUGAUUCUGAAAGCGGUGCUCAUCUCUUGGUAUUUUCGCACUCGCCCGUUGGGGGUGUAUUACUCGGAGUUUGGACGAACCAACCUCGGGGGGCUCACCGAUCAGCGAGGGUUUUUGAGAGAAGUGAAGCGGGCGGUGCGUUUGCUCGAAGGGGAAGUGCGAAUAUCGCAAACCCACUGUGGGAGGAACGUCGAGGUUAGCGAGAUGCGACCGAAAAGUCUGUCGGACGAGGGGCAAUCAACAACCCCACUCAAUUCUACCGCUUCAUUAUCGCGAGAAGAGGAUGCCGGCCGUUCGUUUCUUCUUUCGCGUGGCCUCCGAACGCAUUUGGUGCUUUUUGGCUGCAGUCGAGGCGCGACGACGUGCUUUUACACGUCUAUGAAACUUCCCCCGCAUUUAGCGGCGUACGUCUCGCUGAUCAUCCUGGAAGCGCCUUUCGACACACUGGAGCAUGUCAUUCGCUCCUCUUCGUGGUUUCCAUCGCUGGCGAGGUGGUUUUUUAACUCCUUCUGUGAUUUCCGUGGGGAGGAAAGCGAAGCUACUGCCUACACGUACGAUCCAAAGCGGGUGCAUCUUCGCUGCCCGAUCGCGUUCGUCAUCUCAACGCGCGAUUCUCGCGUUCCGAACUGCUGCACACAAACGCUGAUUCAUCAGCUUCGCGAGAAGCUGGUACCGUAUCCGAUUCCCGCCGUGGAGGUCUUAACGUUAAAGCACUCUCGUCAUUCCUGCAUGGCGGUUGGAAAUCGACAAGAUCAGGAUGCGUAUGUUGCUUUUGUGGAAAAGCUGUAUAGCACCUACUGUGUUUGA